CUCGUCAGGUGUUGAAAUUUCACAUGGAGAGAGCUCGUUGCUAGGAAACAUCUGGCAAAAUGUGUUCAUUACAUCACUCGCAUUGGAUAAGAUAAACUCAACCCGACAGUCGCAAAACAAGCACCUCUUCUCUGAUGGCCUCCUUCUUACAACAGCUAAGACUUCUUCUUUGGAAAAAUGGCCUGGGUGUCAUCCGGCAGCCAGCCUGGACGCUGGCUCUCAUUGUCUGGCCUCUUGUGAUCUUUAUCAUCUUGGCCAUCACCCGUUCACAGUUCCCUCCAAAACUCAAAGAUCCAUGCUAUGUGGCACCACGAAACCUCCCAAGCACUGGGUUCUUCCCUUUCCUACAGACCCUCAUGUGCAGCACAGACAGUUCCUGCGCAAACAGAUCCUACCUAACAGAUGGACAGUCCAAAUCAGUCUGGUAUACAGGCCAUCGUCGGCGCAGGGAUACUGAAUCUCACAGUCUACCAGCGCUGCUCCAUGGCUUACCUCCACUGGCCGAUCUGCAAAAGGGAGGGCUGGUUCACUCCAUUCUUAAAAGGGAAACAUCAGAUCAACCAGAGCUUCUACGGAUAUGGGACCAAAUGCUCAAUUCCAGUUUUCAAAGUAAUGCGACUUCUGUCGUGAACAUUUUCAACAGCUCUGUACUGGUUGAUAAGGAGAUAAUGGCCUCCAUUUGGGAGUCAGUGAACAUCCUGAAAAAAUCCUUAUGCAGUUUCUCUAUGACUGCCAUGAACAUCUCGGCAGAUUCUCAGCCGGAUCCCAUCACAUAUGGCAUAAUAAACUUCUGCAUGUCUAAUGACACGGUUCUGGAAGCAUCCUUACUAACCCUGAAUCAGAUGUUGACAGAAAUGCUCCUCAAUAACCAAUCAGAAGUGUUCAGUUCUAUUGGGGGGGCUGUGGAGGUCCUUGAUAGGCUUCAACAAGAGUCGUCAGUAUGGGACUUCCUGCUGGGCCUGCCUGAUCUCCUCCUGAAGCCCUCAGAGAUGAUAAGUGCUGGAGCCGAGGAACUGGGAAAUCUGAAGAAGUGUGUUCUGGUGCUGUUCAUCGAGGAAGACUUCCGUACAUUUUUGUGCAAUCAUAACAUCACCGCUGCUUAUUGCUGGAGUUGGGAAGCUGGACAGAUAUUUCAAGGAAUAAAUACAGGAAAGGUUGCUCAACAGGUGAUGGUGGCGUGGAGUCAGAACUCUGCCUCGGAAGAUGUGGCCUUCACGAAGGAGGUCUUGAGCAAUGUGCUGGGCAUGGUCUCUCCAGCAGUCUUGGAUGUACUUAAACAGAGCAGGUCCCAGCGCAGCAGCGAUGCUCAACCACUGAGCCUGUGGGAACAACUAAUCUUUGGAAUUGGCAAAACAGCAUUUGAUCUUCUACAAGGGAUACCUGGAUGGGAGUACAUGGAGACUUACAUUAUUGGUGGCCAUUCUUCCAUGCAGAUGGCCAGAGUUGCAAUGGAAGCACAGCUACCAUUCAUGCAGCUGGUCCUGAAAGAUGCCAAGUAUGUCCAGGAGAUCUUCCUUUCCCUAAUGCAGAAUGAGACCUUUGCAAAUGCCUGGGCUGACAUUGGAAUGAACUCCAUUGUACAAACUGUAGUUAAGAUUCUAGAAGGCCACACUAACUGCAGUGAUCUGUCUGCUCCCUGGACUUGGAUGUCAACAUUUACCUCUAUAGACCCUCAGCAGUGGGAUGCUCUCAUUUGCUCUGGGAAAAACACAAAUCUUGAGCAAAUGCUGUUAACACCAAUUUAUCCUGUAAUUGAAACGGUCCAACAGUUGAUCGAUGUAGUAAAUGGAACUUUAAUGUACAAUGUCACACCCUCCAUACUUAUGGCUGAGUGGCACAGACUAUAUGCAACUUACCUGCAGUACAGCACUUCCCUCCAGAACUUGACAACUGAGCUCAAUCAAGACUACUUUUCUGCAUGGACCCAAGAGAACAUUAGAAAUAAUUUGUCCCAGAUACUGCUGAACAGACCUAUCCAGGGAACAGUGGCUCUACUACAAAGCAUCUACAAGGACACGUACAUGGGACUUUUGCAACAUGUUCUUGCCAACAGCUCUGGUCAGCUGCUUGACAAUGACAGAUCACUACAAGGACUUUUGCUGAGCCUCAGUAAUACUGUUGAUAAGAAAAUUCAGCUCCUCUCCAAUAUUCAGUCCACUGAGCAGUUUGAAAAUCAACUCUCGCAUUCUCUGUUAAAUGAGAUCAUGGCGGCUCUUGGACUGGGACAGCUAGAUACUCUGUUGUUAGGAGGUUCCCAGACAUCUGACCUCCAACCAGCCAUUCUUCAGGUCCUCACCAAUGACUACAUCCAGAUGCUACACAAUGAGGGGGGUUUUGCAGUGUUGCAUUCGAUUUUGAGCCAACUUGGAUCCCUCCUGCCUCCACAGCAACAGUCUCAGUUAGAAGCAGGGAUAAAUAAUACUCAUGCUCUUUUUCAAGAUUUGGAGAUCUGCUCAGCAUAUGGUCAGGACUGCGUUGCUGAUGUUCAAAAUGUUUUUCAUCUUCUAAUUUUUCUUUCUGAAAUAGUUGCAGCUGGAAAUGAUAGCAACUGGCCAAUGACACACAUUCAGGGUAACAUGACUCUUUCUGUUGCCGCUGAUGUGCUUUCUCUGCUCCUUUCAAUGUCAUCUGAAUCCAACAUGGAGAUUGUCAGUAAGGUUAAACAUUUUCUCAACCAGGUCAAUGCAUUUCCUGUUUCCAAUUUAACCAGCAUCAAUCAGGCUCUUGAAGCCUCUAAUCUCACUAUAUUCGAAUUAGAACAAGUCUGUAAUGUAAUUAGAAAUGAUUGGUCAGCGCCCAUACUGCAUUCUCUGUUCGUCCUCAAUAUGGCCAUUCAAACCCCACAAUGUAACACUUACAAUUCCUCAAUGCCUCAAACCACAGAAUCUGAGGCUGAAUGUGUUCUUCAGCUCAUUCAGAGUGCAAAUGGUUUACUUCAAGAAAUUCCAGUGGCGGAGAACAUUCAAACAACUCUUAGCGACUGGCUUAACAUCACAGCUGUAGAGUUUCAGAAACUAAUGGACAUGUCUAGCCUUGAAUCUAAUCAACAUGCAUUCACAGAGGAGGUGCUGAUAGCAACACUCUCAACCAUAAAACAAAACCUUCAGAGUUUCGAAGUGGAAAAUAUGACUAUGAUUACAAGUGAGCUCAACUUUCUGGAGGACCUUUUGAAAAUUGCAUUCAAAGAACAGUAUCCAUAUCAAACCAUUAACUCUACACUGAUGGCUCAUGGACAAUACAAACUGAAGGUAUAUAGAGAAAUCACACUGUGGUAUUUAAACAAGCUUGGGAAUGCCACCAGUAGCAGCAAGUUUGUGGAAAUUCUCCAUCCCCUGAUCCGCAUCACUAAAAUGCAAGUGGCUCUCAGCAAUGCAGAAAUCAAUUUUACGGCAUUAGUGAUGAACCAAAUCCAGAACUUGACAGCCCAUGUGCAGCUUCCUCUGGAUAGGGGAGAUCUUAUGCAGGUUGCCAAUGCAAUCAUGACCAUACUGCAUGGUGAGCUGAAACUAAUAAGAACAAAUCUUGAAAUCCAACAGGCAUUUUUUGAUUCUCUAGGCUCCCCUAUGAACAUUAGUAUUCCCUCUGAAAUCGAAGCUCAGAUCAUGACCUACCUCAACAUGACAAAGGACUGGAUCACUGACCCAGAACUAACAAUGGCACUUGCCAGAAUUGUCCAAUGGAACAUGAGCUCUUUGGACAUCACAACACCUGGUAUGGAUCUUGAGCAGCUCAUCCAAGCCAUACACACCCUACUCUACCCUGAGGACAGAGCCUACCUUGCCAUUGCUGACCAGGUCUCUCAGGCUGUAAAUAAUGCUCUACAGAUUGCUAGCACUGAAGAUGGACUCCAAAGUGGAAACUUCACAGAGGCCAUUGUCAGUGCUGUGAGAGCGGUUUUGGAGAGUAUGUCCAAUGAGACUGGAGCUCUACCCCAGGAUCUGGUUCAUAGUAUUCUUGGAGCUUUUCAUGGCUCACUUCAGUUGAUCCUGAACCCCAGGAUGAGCUACAAUCAAUCUAGCAACUUCACACAGGAGACUGCCCAGAGGGUGGAGGAAGUAAUCCAUGCCCUUUUUCCAGUGAAGGUGGCUGAGGUGUUGGUUCCCAUCACAAAUAACAUUUUUACUUAUUUGGAGACCAUCUCCCAACCUAAUGGACCGGACAAAUGGAAUGAAGUCAUCAUAAAUGUGAUGAAAGAACUUCAGAAUUCCCUGCCGUCAAACAACACAGAUCAGCCCAUCUUAUCCAUGUUAUUAAAGGUCACAGAAUUUAUUCUAAACUCAAAUGAGGGCAACUUGACAAAGGACUGGAUUGCUAACCAACAACUGACCAUAGCAAUUGACAGAUUUUUCCAGGGGAACAUUAGCUUUGCAGAUAUUGCAACAACUGUGAUGGAUCUUGACCAACUUAUCGAAACCAUGAACCCCCUACUCUCCCCAGAGGAGAGAGCUUUCAUCGCAGUAGCUGAGCAGGUCUCACAGGCAGUGAACUCCGCUCUAGAGGUAGUUCGCACGGAUGGUGGUCUCCAAAGUGUUGGUGGUCUCAUAAAUGCUAUUAAUUUGGUUCUGGAGAGUAUGUCUAAUGAGACUGGAGUUCUACCUCAGGAUGUGGAUCACAAUAUUCUUGGUGCUUUACAAGGUUCGCUUCAGCUGAUCCUGAACCCCAGUAUGAGCUACGCUCAGUCUUGCAACCUCACACAGGAGACUGUCCAGAUGGUGGAGAAAGUAAUUCAUGACCUUUUGACAGCAGAGGCGGCUGAGGUGUUGGUUCCAAUAACAAAUAGCAUUUUUACCUAUUUGGAAACCAUCUCCCAACCUGGUGGACCUGACAAAUGGAAUGAAGUCAUUGUAAAUGUGAUGAAAACACUUCAGAAUUCCCUGCCAUCAAACAACACAGCUCAACACAUCAUAUCUAUUAUGAUGAAGGCUACAGAAUUCAUUCUGAACUCAAAUGAAGGCAACUUUUCAAAGGACUGGAUCAUUAACCGACAACUGACAAUGGCACUUGACAGAAUUUUCCAGAGCAACAUUAGCUUGGUAGAUAUCACAAAUUUGGGGUUGGAUCUUGACCAACUAUUGCAAGCUUUGAUGCCCCUACUGUCCCCAGAUGAAAGAGCCUUCAUUUCUGUUGCUGACCAGGUCUCUCAGGCAUUAAGCUAUGCUCAACAUUUAGCCAGCACCAAUAAUAUCCAAAGUGAAAACUUUACAGAAGCCAUCUUAGGUGCUGUGGACAUGGUUCUACAGAGUAUGUCUAAUGAGACUGGAGGUCUACCUCAGGAUAUGGCUCACAAUAUUCUUGGUAUGUUUCAUGGUUCUCUUCAGCUGAUACUGAACUCCAAUAUGAGCUACGCUCAAACUAGCAACCUAACUCAAGAGAUUGUCCAGAUGGUGGGGGGAGUAAUCCAUGCCUUUUUGCCAGCAGAGGCAACUGAGGUGUUGGUUCCCAUCAAAAACAGCAUUAUUACCCAUCUGAGCAACAUCUCCCAACCUGGUGGACAUGAUAAAUUAAAUGAUGUGAUUAUAAAUGCGAUGAAAGAACUUCAGAAUUCCCUGCCAUCAAACAGCACGGCACAGCCCAUCUUAACCAUGCUAAUUAAGAUCACAGAAUUCAUUCUUACCUCAAAUGAGGGCAAUUUAACAAGGGACUGGAUCGUUAACCAACAAUUAACAAUGGCAUUUGCCAGAAUAUUCCAGGGAAAUCCUAGUGCAGCAGAUAUCGCCACAUCCGGGAUGGAUCUUGACCAGUUAAUCCAAGCCUUGUAUCCCUUAUUCUCCCCUGAGGAAAGAGUCUUCCUCACUGUUGCUGACCAGGUGUCUCAGGCAUUAAAUAAUGCUCUACAGACUGCUAGCACUGAUGGUGGUAUCCAAAGUGAAAACUUCACAGAAGCCAUUAUUAGUACUGUCAAAUUGUUUCUGGAGAGUAUGUCAAAUGAGACUGGAGCUCUUCCUAAGGAUGUACCUCACAAUAUUCUUGGUGCAUUAUAUGGUUCAAUUAAGUUGAUUCUUAACCCCAAUAUGAGCUAUGCUCAAGCAAACAACCUCUCAAAGGAGACUGUCCAGAUGAUGGAGGAAGUGAUUCAUGCCCUUUUGCCAGCUGAGGCAACUGAGGUGUUGGUUCCCAUCACAAAUGCCAUUUUUACCUAUUUGGAGACAAUCUCAGAACCUGGUGGACCUGACAAAUGGAAUGAAAUUGUUACAAAUGUGUUGAAAGAACUUCAGAAUUCCUUGGCAUCAAACAACACAGUUCAGCCUGUCAUAUCCAUGCUAACCAAGAUCACAGGAUUCAUUCUUGACUCAAAUGAGGGCAAUUUGACAAGGGAUUGGAUUGUUAACCAACAAUUAACAAUGGCACUUGCCAGAGCAUUCCAGGGGAACCUUAGCUCUGCAGAUAUCACAACAUCUGGGAUAGCUCUCGACCAGUUAAUCCAAGCCAUGACCCCCCUAUUCUCCCCUGAGGAAAGAGCCUUCUUUGCUGUUGCAGACCAGGUUUCUCAGACCAUAAAAUACGCUCUACAAGUGGCUAGCUUUGAUGGUGGUCUCCAAAGUGAAAACUUCACAGAAGCAAUCAUCAGUGCUGUGAAAGUGGUUCUAGAGAGUAUGUCUAAUGAGACUGGAACUCUAACUCAAGAUGUGGUUCACAAAAUUAUUGGUGCUUUUAAUGGUUCAGUUCAGCUGAUCCUGCACCCCAAUAUGAGCUACACUAAAGCUAACAACCUCACACAAGAGACUGUCCAGAUGGUGGAGGAUGUAAUUAAUGCUCUUCUUACAGCGGAGGCAGCCGAGGUGUUAGUUCCCAUCACAAAUAGCAUUUUUACCUAUCUGGAGACCAUCUCACAACCUGGUGGAUCUGAUAAAUGGAAUGAAGUUAUUGCAAAUGUGAUAAAUAAACUUCAGAAUUCCCUGCCGUCAAACAUCACAGCUCAGCCCAUCAUGUCCAUGUUAAUGAAGGUCACAGAAUUUAUUCUGAGGUUGAAUGAAGGCAACUUAACUAUGGAGGGGACCACUAACCAACAAUCAGCAAUGUUCCAGGGGAAUGCAAGCUUUUCAGAUUUCACAACAUUUGGGAUGGAACUUGACCAACUAAUCCAAGCCUUGAACCCUUUAUUGUCCCCUGAGCAGGGAGCCUUCCUUGCUGUGGCAGAUCAUGUCUCUCAGGUUCUAAACUAUGCUCUAGAUGUAGCUAGCACUGAUGGUGGUAUCCAAAGUGAAAACUUCACAGAAGCCAUCAUAAGUGCUGUUAAUGUGGUUUUGGAGAAUAUGUCUAUUGAGACUGGAGGUCUACCUCAGGAUGUGGUUCAGAAUAUUCUUAGUGCUUUUCAUGGGUCACUUCAGCUGAUUGUGAAUACUAAUAUGAGCUCUGCUGAAGCUAGAAACCUAACACAGAAGACUGUCCAGAUGGUGGAGGGAGUAAUUCAUACUCUUUUGCCAGUGGAGGCAGCUGAAGUGUUGCUUCCCAUCACAAACAGCAUUUUCACCUAUUUGAACACAAUUUCCCAACCUGGUGGACCAGGCAAAUGGAAUGAAAUUAUCGUAAAUCUGAUGAGAGCACUUCAGAAUAAUCUGCCGUCAAACAACACAGCUCAGCCCAUCAUAUCUGUGAUUCUCAAGGUCACAGAGUACAUUCUAAACUCAGAUGAAGAUUUAACCAAUCAAAUUUUCUCAUACUAUAAAAACCCAUGGGAAAACUUAGGAAACCUAAGCCUUGGCAGCCUCAAUGAAAUAUCACAACAGCUUGCAGUGCUUAUGGGUUCUGUUUCACCAUUCUUGAAUGACUCUGCUCAGACUUUCACAGAAGCUACAGCAGUGCUGGUCCAAAUCCUCUCUGGGAAUGCUGACCAAAUGACCUUUCAGAUGUUGGAGGAGAUGUUGGCUGCUCUGUUGUCAACCUUCAGAGAUACUCCUAUGUGGGAUUCAUUGCCCUCUGUUGUGUCCACAAUUCAAAAUGUCAUUUUGAAUAGUACUCAAAACAUGCAGGCACAAACAGAGUUUUUAUACAUUCUUCAGGAGCCCUUGUCUAGACUUUUGUCAGACAUUUUUCAUGCCAUGAACUCCAGCAGUUUCACUGCUCCCUCCUUUGUUGGUGGAUUGCCACAGGCUAUUUUGUCGACCGCUGAAGCUGCUAUACAGGCUGGUUUGGAGGGUCAGGGCCUGAAUUGCAGCGACGUGAUUCAGAUUUGGCUGGAUGUGAGAAAAGCUGCUGGGAUUAGUGAAGCCGGUCUGACUUUGUGGUGCAAUGUCAAUCUACUGCCAGCCAUAGCAGCCUUCAAUAAACCAGGAGAGGCAACAACAGCCCAAAAUAUGAUGGGCAUGGAGAUGGAUGCUCUGUGGAUAAAUGGCACCACAGAUAUGAUGGUUCAGUCUCUGGAGUCUCUAUAUGGGACAACUCUGAAUUAUACCUUUGCUUGUGAACACCUAACAGAAGUCCUAUUGCAUUACACAUCAAUGUUGUCCAACAUCUCAGUGGCUGAAUUAUCAAACCAGGGAGACUGGAAUGCCCAGCUCUUCCAGCUGCAAUUGUACCAAAGCAUGCCCACUGUACAAAUGGCUCUGGAGAAAAUCAAAGCAGAGGCUCCCUGGAUAGAACCAUACAUCGAGGCAAUUGGAAAAACCAUAGAGUAUAUCCUACAGAAUAGCAAUCUUCUCCAGAACUCAACUGGAAACCCUCAAAUGAUCAUGCAGGCUAUAGAAAUUGCCCUUACUGGAAUGAACUUUACAGAGGAGUCCAUUAAUUAUCUCCUCAGUGGAGAAAUAGUUUUGAACCCCAAUGUAAGCACAAUUGACAGCAUUAUAAAAGAGGUUAUCUUACAAAUCAUUGAAACGGGAUUGCUGGAAAACUGGCCCACGCUUUAUAAAAUAAUUCAACAUGUUCAGUAUUUGGAAAAUUCAAGUGGCAUUGUGUGGAAAACCAUUGAAUUUGUCAACUGGCUCAGCACUACUGAAGAUAGUGGAAUCAAUUUCGUGUUGGAAAUGUUGCUCAAGUUGUACGAGACAGUAAGGCAAGUUCUGCCAACUCUUUCCGAGACAACUCCAAUGAGUUGCAUCUCUGACAGUUUUAUCGACCUUGCAGGGAACUUUUUGUACAUGCUGAGACAAAUCAAACUUACCAGUGACCUCUUUGCCCCAGUGGAGCAAUAUCUGUACCCACUUCAAAUGCAGCUGGCUCAGGGACACAGCCUACAUGGUCUUUUGUCCAAUACCAGAAACACCAGAAGGCUCACACGUAGUGUAAUAAGGGAGCCAGUGGACGACUUCCUUGAUCUUCUUGACAUCGAUUACCAAGCCUUGCUUGAAGUUCUUUCUAUUCCACCAACCCAGACUGAAAUCCUGGAGACCAUCCAUGUUUUCUUUGCCAAUCCAGACCUGGCAGUCAUCCUGAAAGGCCUUUUGAGUGACAUGACUGGAAAUUCAAAUCAGGAGGAAACCAUUGAUUCAGCUCUUAACGUGCUGUCCUAUUUGACACUCCCAAGCAAUGGACAGAAGUUUCUAGAGAUGUUAAAGGACAUUGGCAAUGAUGGAUUGAGUCUGGAGAAACUAGAUAAAAUAGAAAAGCUAACAGAGAGCUUUGGAAGAAUGUUUGAUGUGGCCAUGCUGCUUUCUGAGCAGCCAUCUCUGAACAUCACUCAAACAAUUGAGCACAUGGCCCAUCAACUUCAAUCCUCAUUGUCAAACAUUGUCUCACAGCAAGAAAAUGGCACCAGCAAUGCAGUUGAGUUCCUCACUGCCCUCAAUAGCAUCCUCACAGAGAACUUUGAGGGAGUCAAUGACAUCAGCCCUCAGAUCACUGACAUUCUUCAAAACAUAAUUGCCUCAUUUUCCAAUCCAGGGUCACAAAUGACUGUAGCACCGUAUUUGGCGGCUGUGGAUCAAGCUACCGAAGCCUUUGCGUCACUCCUCUCUGGAGAGGUAGCAAUGUAUUUCAACAUAUCUGGACAAAUGCUGCAAGCAUUUGCAUUGCUCGAUGCAUAUCCUAGUGAUACAGAUCAAGUCCUGAUGUCAACCAACAUGAUUUCUAACUCUAUAAACCAUGUUCUGGCCCUCUUGAAUGUCACAAUGCUUCCAAAUGGACAAUCCGUUCAAGAGGUCACCCAUACUCUCAUCCUUAACAAUGUCAUGGCCACCCAUAUACUGUUCAACCUCUCUAUGUACAACUAUAGCCUGAGCAGCGAUGCAGAGCGGGAAAUGUUGCUAAACCAGACAUUCAGUCAAAUGGUCUUUGUUCUCCCUCAAGAAACGCAUGUCUACUUCUACGCUAUCAAAUCUGCUCUUUUAACUGCCCUCUCCAGAGUAUCCAGCACUGAGGAAAUAAUACUACACUUCCCGGAAAUCUCCCAAGAGGUUUCAGGGUCUCUCCUUGCCUCUCUUAACAUAGUUUACAAUGUGACGUCCACACAAAUGACUCCAGAUGGUCUUGCUUAUAUUUUGAUGACCACGUCUAAUCAAGUGUCCAUGAGUCUCUUUGAGGGCCUUAUGAUAACUGAUUCUCCUAUUGAAGUAUCACAAGUGGUGGAUUCACUGAGUGAGGCUGUGCAAUCUCUGUACUCAAUAAUGCCUGUUGAAGGAAGACAAUACCUCAAUAUCACUCUCUACCUCAUGGAGACAAUGUCCUCUGUCCUUAAUGACACCAGCACCUUUGGGGAUGUAGAGGGAGCAGUAUCUCAGAUAGUCAAUUCUGUCAAUGGACUUCUGGCCAUGGUGCCACAUGUUAAUACCACCUCAUCAGGCAGCAUUAUUGGUGACCUGGAACAGAACCUAAAGACAAUCCUAAUGGUCCUCCAAGGGGAUGAAAGCCCCCUCACUAAAACAGCUGACAUUACCCAACAGCUGCUGUACACCAUUCAGAAAUUCAUCUCGAUGGGCAACAGUAGCAUGGAGUUGGAUCUCACCCAAAUGGUGCUGGGGGCUGCUAGCAUGAAUAUUGGAGAUCUGCUGCUGAUGAAUGUCACAAACUGGACAGCCAAGCUGCCUUUGAUGCUGGCAAAUGUUGCUGACAGUCUUCCAGAUGAUCUACAGUAUUCUUCUCCUAUUAAGACCAUCAUGAGACGUUUGGCCAAUGAAUCUCAAGAAAAUCUGCAUCUUCUACUGCAAGUGCUAAACACUGCCUUUGAAUUAGUCUCAGCCAACUGGGUGAAUGACAGUUCAGGCCUGAUACUGGACCGCCUGUUUACUCAGGUGUGUGCUCUUGAAAAUAUGGCCUCUGUGCAGCUGAUCAGCCAGACGCUGUCUCUUGGCCCCAGGCUACUAUGUGGCACCGUUGUCCCCACAUUCCAGGCCCUCCAUGUGCUCGCAACCAGCAUUGUGGACAAAAGCAUCAACAUCUAUGAUCUGAUUUUCCAGACAUUUGUUGGAGACCCCAGCACUUAUAUCACUAAAAUGGACUGGACCUCAACCCUCUCUCAAUUUGUUGGCUUCGACGUCAAAACUCUGAGAACUUUUAACAUCAACACCACAUCUCCAGCUGAAGUCAAAGUAUCAGAGCUGCUGAAAAACACCACUCUAUUUGUUCAGGAUGUCGAGCAAUACACCAGCAUGCCCCCUCUCGCACUUCAGGCUCUGCUGGAGUCCCCUCUACCCAGCAGCAACAUGCAGAUCUUGACAUGUUUGGCAAACCUGCAUCAGUGCACAGACCCGUUGUCUCUGGGACUGGACCCGACAGAGCAGAUGAUCUUCAACGCUUUCUGUAAUCUGACAGAUAUUGAAUGGUACAGCAUGGCGAUUCUCCUGGUUCGUCACGUGGACACGAAGGCCUUUUUGUUUAAGCUGAUGUUAUCCAAAGAAAUUCAGGAUUUGGUGGCACUCAUGCUACAUAUGGUCAAGAUCCUGAUGGAAAUUAUGCAAAGGCUGGUACCUGCCCUGAACAAACUGCAGGAGUACCUUGAUAACAUUGGAGACCUAAACCUGGUGGCCAACCAAGAGUUCCACAGCCUGGUAAGAGGAAAGCGAUCCACCAUGUCUAGCAGAGCGACCUUCAACACCAUCUCUCGAGCCUUGUGCAAAAACGGCAUCCUUACGCUUUUCGCCAUCACUAAACUUCCCAUCGCAUCUGAGACUGAUCCCUCCGUCCAGGUGGACCACAAGAGAGAAGAACUCAUUCAGAAGUUUAAAAUCCCUCAUGAUGCCAGUCCCUUCUGUAUGAACCUCUACUUGGAUAUGGUAAACACCACAGGGGGCGCAGUGGCAUGGGCAUUCCUCAAACCCUUGCUGUUAGGACAGGUCCUGUACUCACCAGACACACCUCUGACCAGAGAAAUCAUGAGAAAGUCAAAUUCUACACUCCACCAGUUUGGCGAUCUGAAGCUUUAUGCUACUGAAUGGAUAGCGUCAUCAUCCUAUGUCAUGCAGUCUGCUGACCUUCUGACUAAAACCUUGCCAAUGCUUCAGAACUCUCUGCGCAAUCCCUUCGUCCAAAACUUCAUUCAGUCCCAGACUGGUAUUGAUGUUGCAGAAAUGUCAACAAAACUCAGCCAGUUCUCAAACAUGACAGUUCUGUUGGAGAAAAACAAGUUUAUCAUAGAUCAGAUCACUACCCUCUCCCAGCUAAUGAUGAACCUCUCCUCCUGUGUCAACUUCGACCGCUUCAAAGGCUUCAACUCCACUGAUGAACUCGACACAAAGGCAGAGAAACUGGCUCAGAACCGCGAGCUGUACGCCAGUAUCAUCUUCAAACAAGCUGAGGUAAACUCCAACUCCAGCCUGCCUCCUCAAAUCGACUACACCAUCCGCAUGAAUAUCGAGAAUGUCAUGCGUACUGACCGUGCACGGAAUCCCUUCUGGGUGAAGGAUGCCUUCAUCUCAUCCACAAAGACUCAACGGUACAACCGAGGCUUUGUGUACUUGCAGGAGAGCAUCGAGAGAGCCAUCAUUGAAAUGCAGACAGGAAAAGCCAUGGAUGGGCCUGCGGUCCAGAUCCAGGCCUUCCCUUAUCCAUGCUUCUACCAAGAUGAAUAUCUCAACAGCAUCGCUUUUGCCUUCCCAAUGGCUCUCAUGAUUUCCUGGGUGCUUUUUGUUGCCCACUUUGUUAAGAAACUUGUCCACGAGAGAGAACUGCGACUGCAUGAGUACAUGAAAAUGAUGGGAGUCAAUCCAAUCAGCCACUUCUUUGCCUGGUUUAUUGAGAGCGCCGUCUUCCUUCUGUUCACCAUCAUCCUCCUCACAAUCAUUCUGAAAGCUGGUGGCAUCCUUCCUCACAGCGAUGGCUUUGUGCUCUUCCUCUAUCUGUGUGACUACGGCCUCAGCGUCCUCGCAAUCAGCUUCCUGGUCAGCUCCUUCUUUGAUAAGACCAACAUCGCAGGGCUGAGUGGCAGUCUUAUCUAUGUCUUCUGCUUCUUCCCCUUCAUCUUGCUGAUCCACUUGGAGGACAAUCUCUCAUUCUCUGUUAAGAGUGCUCUGAGUCUGUUUUCUCCAACAUGCCUAAGUUAUGCCACUCAGUAUAUCUCCCGCUAUGAAAAACAGGAGGAAGGCAUCCAGUGGAGCAACAUGUAUGUCUCUCCUCUGGCUGGAGACACUUCCUCAUUCGGUUGGCUCUGCUGGCUGCUCCUCAUUGACUCAGUAGUGUAUUUCAUUGUUGGUAUUUACAUCCGCAUGGUCUUCCCAGGAAAGUAUGGCAUUGGUGUGCCGUGGUACUUCCCUGUGACACAAUCCUUCUGGAAAGAUAUGUUCAGCUGCUGUAACAGAACACCAAAGAAGAUUGGCAGAGGACUGCUCUUCACCAACAUGAUGCAGGAGCAAAGCAAUGACAAGAACAAAGGUAAAGGUAACUUCCCAGCUAAUGGAGAUGAAGACUUUUCGGGUUUACCUGUUGGAGUUUCACUGUAUGGCCUGACGAAGACCUACGGCAACCGGCAUGCUGUUGACAACCUGAACCUCUCUUUCUAUGAGGGGCAGGUCACCUCUUUGCUGGGUCACAAUGGAGCUGGAAAAACUACCACUAUGUCACUUCUGACGGGGUUGUUUGCACCCACCAACGGCACCAUUGAGGUCUAUGGGAUGGAUAUGCAGACGUCCAUCGAUGAUGUACGAAGGGAAAUGGGCGUGUGCAUGCAAUACGAUGUCCUGUUUGACCACCUCACCACCAAAGAGCACCUGUUGCUAUACGCUCAGAUCAAAGCCCCCCACUGGAACAAGCAGGAAGUGAACGAACAAGUGCGCAGAAUCCUAAUGGAAACAGGCAUGUAUGCCCACCGACACAAGCGUGUCAGCACCCUGUCAGGAGGUAUGAAGAGGAAGCUAUCCAUCUCCAUUGCCUUCAUAGGAGGCUCACGACUGGUGGUGCUGGAUGAGCCCACCACUGGUGUGGACCCCUGCUCUCGACGCAGCAUCUGGGAAAUUGUCCUACAACACAAGCAAGAGCGUACCAUCAUUCUUUCCACCCAUCACCUGGAUGAGGCUGAAGUUCUUAGUGACCGCAUUGCUUUCCUAGAGCAUGGAGGCCUCAAAUGCUGUGGUUCACCCUUCUUCCUCAAAGACAAACUGGCUAAGGGCUACAACCUCACCCUCACAAAGAAGGUUCAGACUUCUGAUUCAAAGGAGAGGUUCGACAAUGAUGAAUUAAGGGCUUUCAUUCAGUCCUACCUGCCUGACGCUCGGCAGAAGGAGGGAGAAGUGGGCGAUCUGGUCUACUUCCUCCCGCCAUACAGCCCUCAGAAUGCUGCUGCAUACCAGUCUUUGCUCACCAAUCUGGAUCAGAACCUCGACAGGCUUCAGCUGGGCUGCUAUGGCAUUUCCGACACCACCCUGGAAGAGGUGUUCCUGCAGUUGACUCGAGAUGACAUGGAGCCUGAGAGGAGUGGGGCUUGCUCUGUGUCAGAGAAUGUGACUGUGAAUGACACAUUUGCCUACAGAGACAGCAUUCCAGAUGACCUCAACAGCAUGUACCUGGGAGAGAAAGCCAGCCUCACUGGGACCUCAGCUGUGAGUGGGCUUGCCCUGAUGGCACAGCGGGUGAUGGCCAUGCUGUUGAAACGUGUGCAUCACUCCAGGAGGGACUGGAAGGGGCUGUUAUCCCAGGUGGUCUUGCCUGUGUUCUUUGUAAUUGCUGCAAUGGGCCUGGGCUCUAUCAAGAGUGACCUUCAGCACUUUCCUAAGAUUACGCUCUCACCUGCUCAGUACAACAUUGAUGAACAAUAUGCUUUCUUCAGCAAUCAGAAUCCCAAUGCCAGCAGUUUUGUUGAUACCAUGAUGUCCUAUCCAGGUAUUGACCACUUCUGCAUGAGAGACCCCACAAACUCGGUUUGCAAAGAAAGACAAAGAACAGGAGUCCAGACCUGGACCACCAAAGGCGACAGCUCAGCUACAUUUACCACCUGCAAGUGUAGCGAACAAGUGCAGUCUUGUCCUGCAUCAGGUUACGAUCCACCUCACAUAAGAAAUCCAUCAUCCCAGAUUGUCUAUAACCUGACGGGCAUCAACAUAGAGAACUACCUGCAGGCCACUGCUAAUGACUUCAUUAGAAACAGAUAUGGAGGCUGGGACUUUGGAAAGCCGCUCCCACGUGAUCUUAAGAUGGACAUGUUAGAAGUGCCACAGAACAGAACACUUACUAAGGUUUGGUAUAAUCCAGAAGGCCACCACACCAUGCCUGCCUACCUCAACAGCCUCAACAACUUUCUCCUGAGAACCAGUCUGCCACCUGAGAAACGGCAACAAUACACUAUCUCACUGUCUAGCCACCCAUAUCCUGGCCAAGUGCUAGACGAGGAUGUCAUGGUGGGAGGUUUGGUCAGUAUACUGGUUGCACUCUGUGUCCUCACUGGCUACUCCAUCAUGACUGCCAGCUUUGUCAUCUACGAGGUUCAGGAACAUCACACCGGUUCCAAGAGACUCCAACAAAUCUCUGGCAUCAGCGAGACUUUUUAUUGGAUCAUCAACUUCUUCUAUGACAUGGCCCUUUACAUGGUUCCUGUGGUCCUGUCAGUGGCUAUGGUAGCAGCGUUCCAGCUCCCAGCCUUCACACAGCGGCAGAAUCUUGCCGCGGUCACAGUGCUGCUGGUGCUGUUUGGCUUUGCCACCUUCCCUUGGAUGUACCUUCUGUCUACGUUAUUCAAGGAUGCAGAGAUGGCUUUCAUUGGCUAUGUUUGCAUCAAUCUGUUCAUCAGUGUCAACACCAUCAUCUCCACAUCAAUUAUCUACUUCCUUGGUCAGCUCAACCCGAAUGACCAGAGCGUCAAGGAUGUGUACCGUACCAUGAGCAACGUAUUCCUAGUGUUCCCUCAGUUCAGCUUUGGGAAUGGCUUGAUGGAACUGGCUCGGGUUGACAUGCAAGUGCAGAUCUUGAGCGCUUAUGGGGUGGACGCCUAUAAGGACCCCUUCACCAUGGAUGUGCUGGGCUGGAUGUUCAUCUCUUUAUUCCUGCAGGGUUUCAUCUGCUUCACGCUCCGUCUGCUACUCAAGCCACUCAUUCGCAAAGUCAGAUGGUUAAUCUGCCAUAAGAGGGACUUCCUUCAGAGCUACAGUCCCAAUGAAGAUGAAGAUGUGGUGGCUGAACGCUUGCGUGUGAACAGUGGGGACGCUAGUGCAGAUAUUUUGCAGGUCAACCAGCUGACUAAAGUCUACCAGCACCUGAAGAGGAGGGUACAAGCUGUGAAGCAGCUGUCUGUGGGCAUCCCAGCUGGCGAGUGUUUUGGAUUGCUGGGCGUCAAUGGUGCAGGAAAGACCACUACCUUCAAGAUGCUGACAGGAGACAUCACCCCCACCGACGGCUCUGCUAAGAUCCGUGACAUUGACGGGAGAAUGGUUGACAUCAUAGACUGCAAUAGAGAGGGCAUAAACAUUGGUUACUGCCCUCAGGUGGACGCACUGGAUGACCUCCUGACUGGAGAGGAACAUCUCUAUUUUUACGCCCGAAUUAGGGGCAUCUCCAAGAGGGAGAUUGACCGGGUUGUGAACUAUCUGUUGAAAAAGUUGGAGCUGAAUUACCACAGACACAACACAAGUGAGAGCUACAGUUGCGGUACGCGCCGGAAGCUGUCGACAGCCUUGGCCCUGAUUGGAAACCCACAGAUCCUUCUAUUGGAUGAGCCCAGCUCUGGAAUGGACCCUCGUUCCAAACGUCACCUCUGGAAGAUCAUCUCGGAGCAGGUGAUGGGCAAAUGUGCUGUGGUCCUGACAUCACACAGUAUGGAGGAGUGCGAGGCCCUGUGUACCCGUCUGGCUAUAAUGGUGAAAGGACAGUUCAGAUGUCUUGGUUCGCUGCAGCACAUCAAGAACAGGUUUGGCAAAGGAUUCACUGUGAAGAUGUAUUUGGCUGAGGCCUCCUGUGAUGUAGAUAUGAUCAGCAACUUCAUGCAGCAGAAUUUCCCCAGCACAUUCCUAAAGGAUCAUCACUCCAAUAUGGUGGAGUAUCAUGUACCAGUUGCUCCUGGUGGUGUGGCUUCCAUCUUUGACCAAUUAGAGUCCAACAAGGCUAUACUGCAAAUUAAACACUUCUCAGUCAGCCAGACCACACUAGAUGAGGUUUUCAUUAACUUUGCCAUGGGAGAGUCGGACACAGACACUCAGGAAUUGACUGAAGGCACAGAUGUUGACAGUCUAGACUCUUUCAAUGCUUUGACCACAUAACAUACUUGAUUUGCACAUAAUGCCACUGAAUGAACCUUAAAUAAAGAAAUUAAUUAUAUAGGAAAUGAUUCUUCAAUGUCGGCACAUCUUCACUCUCAUUAAUAUUUUCUCUGCAGGCACAUCUCUUGUGCAAGAAUGUACUGAAUAUUUAAUUGGCUCUUUCCUCUGUCUGCUUCAAGGCACAGUUCCUCUUAAAAAAUGUACUACGCUUAUUUUCACAUUAAAGCUAUUUUUCA